AUGAAGCACAGCACUACAAACAAUGAUGUCACCGACUUCAUUCUUCAACACCACACUCGUGUAAUGACUAUGCGCGAUAAUGAUUUGUUUGUUGCUGUUGAUUCACAUAUCAGAGUACUCAACUUGGUGGAAUUCAAAGAUGCCUGGAUCGCAGCAACAAAGAAAGCAAUUGAAAGUAAUGCUGAAUUAUCAAGCAACUGGUUUAGCUCUGUUCCUUUCAAGUUAUUGGACACGCCAGAGAUCAACUUUACGAUUGUCUCUUUAGCUUCUAAUACGAAUGGUCGUCUUUUAUCAGUUACAGGCGAAUCUUCUUUAGUCAUUGUUUGUUUACCGCGCCACAGUUUCAGCGCCAUCAGUUUGACCAAGCAAAAGGUGGAUUGUCGUACUUUGACGGUUGGAAGAAAGUAUUACAAGAAGAAUCAAGCAGAGAUUCUUAAAGUCGAGUGGCACCCUCUAAGUGAGACACAUACUCACAUUGUUGCACUCAGUUCUGAUAACAUCUUGAGAAUAUUUGAUGCCAGUGCUGAUAUUGAUGAGCCUGAGCAAACUUUUGAUUUAUCACCUGUCGAAAAGAGUCCAUCGAGAUCAGCCACUCCUGGCAGAGGAUUUACCUUUGAAGAUGAUGAUGUGAAUGGAUAUGAAGAUGCUGUUACUUUUUCAUUAGGCGGCAAAAGUCACGAACAGAGCGGUUGGGAACCCUUUUCGAUCUUUUAUGCUCUGCGUAGUGGUCAUAUGUAUGCCCUUUGCCCUGUGGUUCCAUUUAGAAGUAUCAUUCACAAGAAGCACUUGGAUAAUCUGACGAGCCUAACUGAGGCUAAAUAUCAAAAGGCUAAAUCGGACGACUCAAAAGAUCGCCAGUUGAUGUCACUUCUUUUCAAGCUUCAAAGACAAUGGUUAAAACAUCUUUCUGACUCAUCCAAAGUUGGUCGUAAGACAAACUUGUUGAAUAGCGACAUGAUCAGUGUUGUCAGCAAUGACAUGUCUAUCAAGUUUGACGUUAAGCGUCAAGGUCCAUUCUUAGUGAAUCAAGAGAAUGCCGUUUCCACUAGUGCUCAGGUGACAGAUAUUCUUUAUAUUUAUGAUAAGCCAGUCUCUAUCCUCGCUUUAGCCUUGUCAAAUAGUCAAGUCAAGAACCACGUUUUGCUUAGUGAGAUUGAUCCUCAAUGGCAAAUUCCUACAGCAAAUACCAAAGAAGAAUGGCACAAGGAAUUGGGAACUUUAUUGGCUGAUCGUGAUUUCUUACCCAAAGCUAUGCUCUAUGAAUCAUUUGAUCUCAAAACCAAGAGCUUACCUCCUACUGACUCCUUACGACUUCUCAGUGACCCAAUUUAUCCAGAUACAUACUACAUCUAUCACACUGGAGGCGUAACUGCCAUUGGAAUGAGUAAAUGGUUAGAAGCAUACAAGAAUAUGCUUAAAAAGAUAGAGGAUGAACAAGACUACGCUCUGACUGCUCUCAAGCGUCUAUUGAGCGAAAAGACACAAUCAGACGUCCGAUAUUUGAUCAACACUGCACCCUUUUCAAAUGCGUUUACACCUAUUAUUGGAUUAUUUGUUAUUGUCGAUCUCUACCUUUCAUACACGCUCGUUGCAGUGACAGACGAGUAUAAACUAGUUUACAGAGACCUAAAUAUGCGCAGCGAUCCUGAACAAGACAAGGCUUACCAGGCUGCCACUAAAAAUCAGCUUAAAUAUAUUGCCAGUACAGAUAACAGUCCUGCCUAUGAACCUCUACUGCCCUUGCCUAUUUUUGAAAAGCCAAAACAACUUGACAACCUGCCUACACAAUCCAAGAUUGCUAUUCCCAAAGCUUUAGCUGAUUCUAAGGAGAUCGUGAUCAAUGAAGAGACACUUCGAUUCUUUAGUAAAUCCGCAGAACAAGUGCGUCGCGAAACACGCGAUAUUCGCAAAGCAGCUGCAAAGAUAGAAGAAAGAAUAACGCUACAGCAAAAGGAGUUUGAGAAACAAGUGGAAACUGUAAGAGAAUUAAAUAGUCGACUUGAAAAAUAUUGUUCUCCUCAGUCAAAGAAGGCUCAAAAGCAAGCAAUAGAAGAGAUAUCUCAACGUCACCAAAGACUAAGAUUACGCAUGGAUGAACAAUUACGACAGAUCAUUAAUCAAUGUCAACCUGGUUUAUCAAAUGAAGAAAACAAAUGGAUUGAAAAAUUACAGGAACUUUCUGGCAAGAUAUCAGGAGUCUCUGGAUACGCGUCUCGUAUUGAACUGCUGAAGAAACAAUUGGAUCAAUUAAAGACACAAACAAAGAAGGAACAAAAAUUCAAUCCUACAAACAUGUCUAAUGAUCAACUCAAGAAUCUUUUGGAUGUACUCAGAGGACAAUCCAAGUCUAUUGAUGAGGCUAAAACCAGAGUUGAAAACAUGGAAAGUAAAAUCAUGACAACAGCUUCUUCAUAA